AACAAAUGGCACAUUAUGCUGCUAAAGUCGCCAACGACUGCGGCAGCAGCAACAUUAGCAGCAGUGGCACCGGCAAGGGCAGUGGCAGCGACGCGAACAGCAAUAGCAGCGGCAGCACUUAAAUGCAGCAGCAGGGAAAAUCAUCUGAAAACUGGCGAAUAAAACUCAACGACAGGCAAAAACUAUUAAAUCUCGCUGGAUGCCUGCAGCAAUAGUUAUUGUUAAACAACGGGAGCAGCGCCAGGAACACCAGGAACACCGGGAACACCAGCAACGAGAAAGGAAACAAAUUUGCAAUAUAAAUUUAUGCGAAUUUUUGCGUCGCAGCGGCGCCGACGACGACGACGACGUCGACGUCCAGGCCGAGCGUAACCCAGGCCAAGCUGCGGGCGUCGACGUCGCAGCAAGAGCAGCAGAGGGAGCAACAGCGAGAACAGCAGGAGUAGCCGGGAAGAGAACAACAGAAAGAGCUGAGAUACCCGUAGGAGCAGCAGUGGAAGUGGAAGUGGGAGCGGGAGUGGGAGCGCGAGCACCAGGCACCAAGAGGAGAGCCGCCGCAGCAAGAACAACACGUACAGUUAUUAUAAUAAUGGCGUUAGUUGUUGGCAUAAUGCAGCAACAACUACAACAGGGCCAGCAGGAGCAGGAGCAGGAGCAACAAGAACAGCAACAGAAACAGCUACUCUGGCCAUUCUAUAACGGCCUUCUGUUUGCCGCGGCGGCCACAGCUCCUUACAACAGCUCCUCGGAUGACUUCAGUCUCGGCGGCUCCGUGGAUGGCCCCCCCACCCUGUCCACGUUUCUAUCAGCCCCAUCAUCACUGGCAGCCUCAUCAUCGUCUGCGGCGGAGGCGCCACCACAAACGGAUGCCACGAAUCACACUUUCAAGAGUUUAGCCUUCCUGGCCGGCAUCGGCGGCAUCGGCCCCGUGUCCUUUGGCUCAGAUCUCUUUGCACUCGGGACGGAAACGGAGAUGGACAGGGACCGAGGCAGGGACCGGGACACGGACUUGUACUCGGACCUCUCCCAGUCCCUGCCAAUUUUCGACUUUGGCAUGCCGCGCAACAUCACCGGACGCACUGGCCACACCGAGGCCAUAAUUAAAUGCCGCGUGGACAGUCUCCAUGAUAAAUCGGUAUCCUGGAUACGGAAACGUGAUCUGCAUAUCCUGACUGUCGGCACAGCCACCUACACCUCGGACAAGCGUUUCCAGGUAACCGAAUCGAAGGAUGCCAGGGAGUGGACGCUGCACGUGAAGUCGCCGCAGGCGCGGGACAGCGGCAUCUACGAGUGCCAGGUCAACACGGAGCCCAAAAUGUCCAUGGCAUUCCAGCUGAACAUCAUCGAAAUCUCACCUGACGCCAAGGCCGUUAUCAGUGGGCCACCGGAUCUGCACUUCAAGGCGGGCAGUGCCAUAAUCCUCAAUUGCGUGGUGCAGCAGCCCUCCGUCAAGGACAUUGGUCCGAUAUACUGGUAUCGCGGCGAGCACAUGAUCACCCCAUUCGAUGCAGACGACGGAGAGACUUCCCCGACAUCCCCCAAACAGGAACUGCAGCGACGGAAUGGGCCUGCAGAGAUGGACUCCUCGCCGAAUGAUGUGCUCAGCGAUGUGGACCUGCAGCGGGAGUUCGCCACACGCAUCGCCAUGGAGUCACAGCUGGGCGACACCCUCAAGUCCAGGCUGCGCAUCGCCAAUGCCCAGACGACGGACACCGGCAACUACACGUGUCAGCCCACAACGGCCAGCAGCGCCAGUGUCCUGGUCCAUGUGAUUAAUGAUGAGAACCCCGCUGCGAUGCAGAAGAGCGAGGCAUUUGCUCUGCCCGGACUCGGCCUCCGCCUGGAGCUUUGUUGGAUGUUCCUCUUGGUAUUAGCUCUCAGUCGUUGAAAGCGAAAGUUGUACCCCAGAAGCAUCAUCAUCAUCGUCCUUAUUCUCAUCAUCGUCCUCAUCGUUAACUUUGUUAUUUCAAACAGAAAAAAUACAGAGACAGAGACAGACAGGGAGAGAGAGAGAGAGAGGGCGAGAGAUAGUGUGUAACAAAUGGGAAAACACGAGGAAAAUUAUAUGUGUUUUUUCCCAGUUGCUCUUCGAGAGAUGUUUUUUAGAAAUGCUGGUAAAAGGAAUGGCAAACACGGGCAUGGUCCCGCUUUCCCUUUCAAGCAUAAUGUGUUUCCUUUUUAAUAUUUACAUUUCAUUGUGCAAAAAUGAGACACAGAGCCCCGCAAAAUGCAAUGGAAAAUGCAAAAGGACGGGCCGGCGAGAUGCGAGAGGCGAGAGGACAACCAGAAGGAGGCAGACGCGAACCACAGAAGGACAGAAGGAUGACACUCUCUGUAAAUACCACAAAGAUGCGGCUCAGCCCAGCAUCGUCUCUCUUCUAUCAUACAACAUGUAUAGUGCCGUGUAAAAGUCUCUGUACGCCCACACAUACAUACAUAUAUAUAUAUAUAUAUUAUUCACCUACUCUUAGUGAUAUGAUAACAACGGACACUAAAAUACGCGCGUACUAUUAGGGACCACCUAUUUUGAUACCGUUUUAGUUACCAAUUUGUUUUGCCCCAAAGAACAUAUGUAUAUUUUUCUGCUUUCUUUCUUGCCGAUAAGCCCAGGCUCAAGCUGAAAUCCUUCUUCUUUAAGUUUCCUCAAGUUCAUUUAUAACCCUCUAGAUAGCCAAAAAUGGUUGUCAAACGCAGACUUUCAUCCGCCACUGUGCGUAUGUAAAAGUGUAUUUUAUUUCGUUACUCUGUUCCUCUCCCUCUCCCUCUCUCUGUCUCUACUCUCUUUUCAUUGUCAAUCCUCAUCGAGAAGACAAAGAGGAGCGUACCACGCAUCGACUUGAUAAACAUUUCAUGCUGUCUUAACAGAGAGAGCAAAGCUAACCCAAAGAAAGCCCUAAGAAUAAAAAGAAAAGAAAACCAACACACAGUCUGUGGCACAAGUAUGCAGCCAUACCCACACUACUACUACUACCCGAAAAUUGUAAUAUAUAUAUAAAACAAAGAAAAACUCUCAUCAAGUACUCUGUAAAAAAAAAACAGAGAAAGAAGGAAAGUAAAACUGUCAUCAAAUAACAGAAGAGAAUGAAAGAAAGUAAAACUUAAUUAUAAAAACUAAAUUGUAUGGAAUUUAUUUAUGGGCAAAAUGAAAUUUAGUCACGCGGCGGCCCAUAUUCAAAUGAAUAUGGAAAAUGGCAAUCGAAAAAGCGAACAACGAAAGAGACCUAAAUGGAAUUCGCAAAUGAAAAGCGAAAUCAAUUGCGGCAUGCUUGACUAAAUUUGACGUUGCACAUGGAUUGAGGAUUGUGGAUUGUGGAUUGUGGAUUGUGGAUUGCGGAUUGUGUAUGUGGUGUGUAGCAAAUAUACAUAUUACGAGUUCUCGUACUCGUUCUCGUAUGGGUACUAUGGGUAGGCAUGAAUUUACUACACGUAAGCCAGUAAGCAGAUUUUAGAUAAUUUAUGUGAUGACAAACCAAACGAUAAAUAAAUCAAUGGAAUGAA